AUGCGAUCGAUCUACUCUUGUUUUGUUCUCUUGAGUAGUCUUUUCGUUAGUACCAUAACGACUGAUUCUGAGCAUCUCCGAGAAAUGCGUUUCAAGUUUUGGCUUCAACCUGGUUCAGAAGAAUGUUAUCAUGAAUCGUUAGACAAUGGAACAAGUCUUUAUUUCAUGUACGAAAUUUUAAACGCACAUGAUCACGAUAGCACUAUCGUUGCAUAUUUUCGUAACGCAAUUAACGGAAGUAUAAUCUCAGUUUCAACGACACCACAACGAGGCCAUUUAGAAAUAAUUGCCAACGACACAACUGUGAUUGAUAUUUGUAUGACACACGCGAAGACGGAUACUUAUGUGAAAUACAUGUCGGUAUUCUUUCAUGUUUAUCAUAUUGGAAAAAUCUUAGAAAGUAUUAAAGAAGUCGAACAUUUCGAUAAUUCGUCAAUCAAUGCUCAUAAUGCCUUAGAUUCAAUUAGUCAUCAUAUUCUUGUUUCACGUGAACGACAAAUGGAAAUGGAAAUGCUUAAUCAAAAGGAUCUCUAUCUUCUUGAACAAAAUCUCGCCUGGGUCAAUCGAUGGGCAAUGAUCCACAUCUUUCUAAUAAUUAGUUGUAGUGUUUUUCAAACAUAUUUCAUUCGACGUUUAUUCCAGACAUCCACUCAUCGAAUUAGAAAAUAA